CUCCAGCUGGAGAUGGAAGCAGACAGCUGACAGUCAGUUUGUCUCAGAGCACUGAGCAGCAAACUGCACCCACAACAUGGACAACGCUGAAAACCUGUUUAAUCGAAGCCUGGCAGCAGCGCUCAUGAAGCUCGAUCCGGAGGAUGGGGAGCAGAUCAUGGAGUAUUUGAAAACUCACGCUCUGCUGACAAGAGAGAAAGCGAUGCUGCAGGCAUCAGUCAGAGAGCAGAAGAAGCUGCUGGUUGAAAACGGAAAACUGAAGAAAGACAUCGAACAACUGAGGAUCCAACUGCGAAAACAAAAGAGGAGAACUGCCAAGGCCUUGGUCUCCUUGGCCCCGCCUCCUCCAACUGUUGGCUCCGCCCCCAGCACAUCGGUUGAUCCUCCUGCUGGAGCUACGGCUGCUGUUACAAAGCUUCCUCCUCCCUCCUCAUCCUCAUGUGAGCAGAGACACGGAGGGAGCAGGAGGAGCAGAGGCGGCAGAAAAGCUCCCUCUGAGACCACCCCUCUGGACCCGACCCCUCGCGUGGACGUGUCCCGUCUGGACCUGAGAGUCGGACGCAUCCUCCUGGGCCGACGGCACCCGCUGGGCUCCAGCGUGUCUGUGCUGGAGGUGGACGUAGGGGAGGAGACCCCCAGGACAGUCGUGUGCCGGCUGGAGAAGCCAACGACGAAGGAGCUGCAGGGCAGCCUGGCCGUGCUGCUGUGCAACGCUAGGCCCUGGAAGCUGAGGGGCGUGGUCUCCCAGGCCCGCCUCCUCUGCUGCGCCUCCUCGGAUCAGUGCAUGGAGGUCCUGGCCCCGCCCUCCGCCUCCACCCCCGGAGACAGAGUCACCUUUCUCAGCUACCCCGGUCGCCCGGACCGAGAGCUGCAGGCCAAGCAGAGGCUGUGGGAGCGUCUGCAGCCUGACCUGCAGGUCGACAGCGGGGGCGUGGCCACGUACAAAGGCCGGUUCGAGGUCAGAGGGAAGGGGCUGUGCAGAGCCCCCUCGCUCACCAACUGCAGCAUCACACAGACAUGAUUAAGAGUCUGCCAAUCAAACAACGUCAGCUAAAAAAUGAUUGAUGUCAUGAAUAAAACCAUUUGAAAUCA